AUUUAAUUCUUUUACUUUCUUUACUUUAUUGAACCUAUAUUUUCCCUUCCUUUUUUUUUUUUACCUCGCCAAUAUUAUACCUUAUAACACUUACUUUGGCAUCUUGGUUUAUAUAUUCUGAACAAUAUAACAAUCAUGUCUCAACUCAAUCAUAUACCAACAGACAACAAUGAAAACGUAAUCACAGCUCAAUAUAUCCCUAGCGAAUUGAUACAACACAUACUUCGAUUUAUAGUACAACCAACUGAUCUUUUUCAAUGUGGAUUAACUUGUAAAUCUUGGAGUUAUCAUGCUUUGGAACUACUUUGGUACAAACCUUACUUUGCAAGACCUUCUCAUUGGAUUCUUUUUUGCGAUAUUCUCAACAAACAAUCUUCUUCUUGGACAUUUCCUUAUACUUCAUUCAUACGACGUAUCAACUUAUCUUCGUUAUCAACUCAAGUCAAAGAUGAACAAUUGGAAACUUUGAAAUUAUGUGGACGUUUAGAAAGAGUGACUCUUGUUGGUUGUACCUCUCUUACUGAUGUGGGUUUAGUGGGUCUUCUUAGUCAAGAUGCUGGAAGUCAAAUCAUGGCUAUUGAUCUUAGUGAUAUUACUAAUAUUACAGAUAAAACUAUUAUCAAGAUAGCUGAAUCCUGUCCAAAAUUACAAGGUCUUAAUUUUAGUAUGUGUAAAGAUGAUCAUCAUCGUUGUGUAGGUGUGACUGAUCUUGGUAUCACUACUUUGGCGGAACAUUGUCGACAUUUACGAAGGAUUAAAUUGAAUAAUUGUGCCAAUCUGACGGAUGCUUCUGCUAUAGCCUUGGCUUCAAAAUGUCCUCGAUUAUUGGAAAUCGAUUGUCCUGUCACGGACACUGCUUUGAUCAAUGUGUUCACUCGAUUACAUGAACUUCGUGAAUUCCGAUUACAACAAUUUUCCCCUGUUACUGAUUUGGCUUUUGCUCCAUUAUCUGGUAUCACAUUCAAGGAAGAGGAACCAAUGACCACUCUUUAUCGAACUCUGGAAAAUGGAGGUUAUUAUGAUCAACUACGUAUUCUGGAUCUCACCAACGCCAACUUUAUCACCGAUGAAUCGUUACGAUUGAUUGUUCAUGCUGCUCCUAAAAUCCGCAACCUUGUUUUGAAUAAAUGCGAUCAAAUCACUGAUACUGGAGUCUCUCAUAUUUGUCAAUUAGGCCGACAUUUGCAUUAUCUUCAUUUGGGACAUUGUGACAAUUUGACUGACGCUUCCAUCACUCAAUUGGCUCGCACGUGUACAAGAAUUCGGUACCUGGAUCUUGCUCAAUGCUCUUUACUGACAGAUGCUUCUGUGUAUGGAUUGGCUACUUUACCUAGACUCAAACGCAUAGGAUUGGUCAAAUGUUUCAACAUCACUGACGACGCCAUCGAUGCUCUUACCAAACAACCAAGAAUCGCCAACUCACUGGAAAGAGUGCAUCUUAGUUACUGUGUCAAGUUAACCGUGCAUUCCAUCCGCCGAUUACUCAACUUUUGUCCACGUUUGAAUCAUCUUAGCUUAACCCAUGUCAAUGCCUUUUUACGACCCGAUUUUCAACAAUUCCGACGUGCACCUCCCAAGAGCUUCACUCCACAGCAACAACGCGUUUUUUGUGUCUUUAGUGGGAAAGGGGUCAAGGAACUACGGACCUAUUUGAACAACAUUGCCGAUAUCGAUACAUUGGAACCUCAACAUGAAAGCGAUGCUGCCAUUAAUAAUAUACUUGAUUUUAUCAGUCGUCGAAGAAUCAACAAUAACAACAACAAUCAAGACAAUAAUAACGAAUUUAUACCUUUCGCCAUGGUACGUGAUCUUUUCGAUAUGGCUAUACCACGAGGAGAACCAUCUAAUGAUAUUCGACGACUUUCUAUGGAUGAUCACAGAUCUACUUGGAUAAAUGAACAACAACAACAACCUCCUCCUCCUCCUCCUCCUCCUCCAGUUGGUGAUGAUGUUGAUGUGGAAGAAGAUAUUGCAACUGGAUUAUUUACUGUGGAUGAUGAACGACUUUUGGAAUGAAAUUCUGCUUUUAUGAUUUAUUUAUGAUGAUCUCCCUUAUAUGAAAAACAAAAUGACUUUUUUUUUUAUCUAGUAGUUUUAUAAUUAUUCCCUUCCUAUCUUUUAUUUUUUUUUUUUUUACAUUGCUUUUAUUGAAUGUAAUAAAUGAAAAACACACACAUACAUACAUUACAUAUUUGAU